UCAAACUGUCCGCUUAUCCGUCAUGAAGAAGCCGGUGCUGCUGCUGCUGCUGGGAGCCAUGGUGUCCUGUGUGUGUGUUUCUGUCGCAGCGGACACACAACCUGACCUGAAGGAAGACAACGUGUUUCCAGGGAAGGAAGGAAUUUUACAACUAGAGAAAGGAAACUUCAAACGGGCUCUGAGAAGACACAAGCAGCUGUUGGUGCACUUCUAUACUCCGCUGACAUCAGAAGGUCAACGUGUCGCUGCCGCGUUCGAAGCCGCCGCUGCAGAGCUUCAGGGGUCAGAGGUCACGCUGGCAGUGGUUGAUGUGAAGAAGGAAAAGGACUUGGCGAAGACGCUCGGUGUCUCCGGCCAGCCCACAAUCAGGCUCUACCUGUCUGGGGACAUAAACAACCCGGUUGCCUGCCCUGUUCCUCAGAGCUCAGCUUCCAUCUUGAUCUGGCUGCAAAGGAGGGCGGGGUCAGCUGCUGACCUCGUUGUGGAUCUCAGCCAAUUAGAGGCCUCAGAGGAGCUAACUGUGGUUGGGUUCUUCAAGGAGCUGAACCAUGAGUACGUUCAGGUGUUUUACGCUGCGGCCAUCGACCUUCCUGACAUCCGCUUCGCUGUGGUGCAGAGCGACGAAGUCAUCAGCAAAUACAACGUUCCUCAGGAUGUUGUUCUGCUGCUAAGAAAGUCUCAGCUCAUCCAGACUCACGAAAUGAAGCCAGAAACAUCCAAGGAGGAGCUGGUCGUGUUUAUCUCCGUCUACCAGAUGGAUCCGGUCACUGAAUACAACGGGCAGACAGCCUCUCAGAUCCUAGGUUCCCCGGUGUUAAACCAUGCCCUGCUCUUUGUCAACAAAAGCUCUGAGGACUUCAGAGAGAUUUUCUCUGCUUUCCACGGCGCUGCAGAGGCCUUCAGGAUGAAGAUUCUGUUUGUCUUGGUGAACGUGGAUGAGCAUCGUAACGGCAGGCUCAUGGAGUACUUCCGGGUCCGGCACUUUGAUGCUCCUCACAUCCGACUGGUGAACCUGACGGAUCACGUGACCUACGGUUUGCCGUCUGAGACCUUGGAUGUGGAGAUCAUAAAGCAGUUCUGUCAGUCCUACCUCGAAGGCCAGGCUAAGCCCAAGAUGCAGAGUGAGCCCAUUCCCGAAGGAUGGGACGAGAAGCCCGUUAAGGAGCUGGUGGGAAUGAAUCUAGAAAAAGUAGCAUUCAACCCCAACAAGACCGUUUUUGUCUUGUUUUAUGUUCCGUACAGUGAAAAGUCCCGCGCCGUGUUUCCGCUGUGGGAAGAGCUCGCCCAGGCCUUGAAGGACCGGGAGGAUGUGGUGGUCGCUCGGAUCGACUCCUCGGCCAAUGACAUCAACAUGUCGAUGCAGGGGCCCUACCCAUCGCUCUGCCUCUUCCCUGCGCUGUACGCGGAGCGGGUGGUGGUUUACACUGGGAAAAGGAAGAUAAAAGACUUGGUCAAGUUUGUUGAUAAAGAGAUGAAAAAGGCCCAAAAAGACAGAGUUAAGGAGGAUGAAGACAGGAGGAAGUACAUUGAGGCCAUGAAAGAGGAGGAGGAGGAAAAAAAACAAAACAAGACCAAAGAUGAGCUUUGAUACAACAACCCAGACAAAGUGGUGCCUGUCUAAAUGUUGUUCGGCUUUAUAUCUUUUUUUCUUAAACAAGGGUUUAGUUUCUUUGACUGAACUACUUGGCUGAGAAAAAGCAUUUCCUUAGCUGUCAAAUUUCCUUUGCUUGACCAUGAAACAUCAUGAAUAAAAUGAAAAUAACUGUAUUUUUAUAUUCAGUUUCACCAGCAACAUCCAGGCCUUAUUACUGCCAGACCUGUAUAAUUGAGAAAUCGAUCAAUAGAACCCGUCAGACAAGAUGAAGUAGGCUUAAGAUCUGAAAAACAAACUCAACGGCCCAAUUGAAGGACAUUCGAGAACAGAUGGGUGCCAUGGGUGGUACAACACAUUUCCUCCACAUAGGGAUUUUACUCAGGUUCUCUGUGUCUGAUAUAAAAAAAUAGUUUGAUGAUAAAAACAUUUUAGAGUAAUAAAAAAGCAACAAAAAACCCAGAAUAGAUAUAAAUGGGGAAAGGCUUUUUCUCAGCACCGUAAGAUGCCAUAAACAGUUUGGCCAAGUUAUCAAAUCAAACUUCACUUAUCUCACGCUGACAGCUAUAAGCAUUUCUGGCUAGUUUGACAGUCUUUUUUUUUUUUUUUUUACAAAAGCUUCGGUUACUUCCAAUAUUCCACCAACACAUUUUCAUCCUUCUGUGCUCUGCAGAAGUGUGCAAUCUGAACUAUAAAAAGGAAUUUUUUUGUCAUAGUUUUGUACACAAGAAGACAUAAGAACUCAGUAUGGAGUCAUAUUCAUUGAACUAGAACAUUUUUCAAAAGUAAAUCUAUCUCACUAACCCAAUUCACUAUUUAAUUACACACAAACAGGUGUUUUAAAACAUUUAUUACUGUUAACUAUGAUGGUUUUCUGUUUACAGCUACUGAAAACACAGACUAGAAUAUUACAUCAAACCAAUAAAAAAAAACAAUUUUUAAAUACAGAAAUGUUGGUUUAAUUAAAGAACAUUUAAUACCUGCGUAAAGGUUAUUUUUGAAAAGGUACUUUUAAUCUGAGAAGAUAACCUCAUCGGGGAAAAUAUUCUAAUUCUCUGAAUAUUACUGUAUGUGGACACUGACAUCUUCCCACUAUUAAAAAAAUCGUUAAUCAUG